UUCGCUCCAGAGGAGUUGUGUGUGGGGUCGUCCUGCGUAAAAAGCUAUUGUACCUUUUGUCCAGCCCGGAUUUCUGGAUACUUUUUCUUGGCAUCAUGCCUCAGACGGUUACUCUGAGUGGUCCAUCACCGUGGGGUUUUCGCCUUGUGGGUGGAAGGGAUUUCAGCACACCGCUGACCAUUUCGAGGAUAACUCCGGGCAGCAAGGCGGCGCUAGGGGACCUGUGUGCUGGGGACACCAUCCUGGCCAUCAAUGGGGAGAGCACCGACGCCCUCACGCACAUGGAGGCCCAGAACAUGAUCAAGGCCUGCAGGGGACAGCUGGUCCUGGAAAUCAUCAGAUCUGACAAGCCCUGGUCUCCAACUCUUUCAGACGACGGCAAGACGAGUCCAUUCUCCGUCUGCUCCGAGCCAGACUCACAGAGCUUUAGGCCCAUCAACAGUGGAUACAUCCAGAAGCAGCAGCAGCAGCAGCAGCAGCAGAGGCAGCAGUCCCCCCCACACCACCCACAGCACCACCACCACAGCACCCUGAACAAUGGCAGCAGCACCAACGGGAGCGCUAAGCCCAGCAGCAGCAUGCAGUACAACAACCCCAUGGGCCUGUACUCCAGCAACCCGCCCCCCGCCUCGCCCAGCGCCGGCCCUGCCCCUGCCCAGCCCGCCUACACCAACGGGGACCGGGGCCUCAACAAGCACCUGGCCAGCCUCAGCCUGGUGUCACCACACAGUCCUGAGCCCCGGGUCCACUCUCCCAGCUCUGGGAACGGCUUCGACAUGGACUCAGAUGUCUACAAGAUGCUCCGGGACCCCGAGGAGCCCGUCUCAGCUCCAAAACAGUCCGGAUCCUUCCGCUACCUGCAGGGGAUACUGGAAGCCGAGGACGGAGGUAUCUCGCCCACAGAGAGAGGCAUGAGGGGUCUGCGGUCUCCCGUGCGUUCCCCCGUGCCCAAACUUGGAGGGAUGGCUCCGGCGCCCGCGGCCGCGGCCAACCUGCAGAAGCUGCCUCAGUGCACGCGCUGUGCCAACGGCAUUGUGGGCACAAUAGUGAAGGCGAGAGACAAGCUGUACCACCCCGAGUGCUUCAAGUGCGACGACUGUGGCCUGAACCUGAAGCAGAAGGGCUACUUCUUCAUCGAGGACAACCUGUACUGCGAGACCCACGCCAUGGCACGCGUGCAGCCGCCCGAGGGAUACGACGUGGUGGCCGUCUACCCAAACUCCAAGGUGGAGCUGGUCUAAAGGUCUGACGUAUGGGCAAGUGAUGGGCAACCUGGAUUCAGACGUUGUACAAUCCAGUGCCACAUUUUGAAAAUGACACAGCUUAUGUCUGCCAGUUUUAAGCAGGUGAUUUUAGACCUAAUUGGACAGGUAAAAAGUAAUUUCAAUUAUGUUUACAAUCCAGUGCCAUAUAGAGUAUUCCAAAUGACCUGGGAUUUACCAUUGCAAUUAAAGGGGCAUUCCACCGGUGGAGACAUGAAUAUGUAUUGAAAGUGGGUCAUAUAUGUAGUAGAAUAGUAGCAUAAAUUUCUAAGUUGGUGCCUUCUUGGCCGAGAAAAGGCAGAAAAUGACAUUUUAGUGCUUGUGGAUUUGUGACAACAAUCCCCAUAAUCCAUUGCAAAGCUCAAGUUCCACAGGCCACACCCAGGCAGCUCUGCCAGUGACUUACUGGAGCCUCAAUGCCAGUUAUUUCAAAAGCACUGGCACACUGAUCUGUGAUAGGUCUGUUAGCGCAUUAGGCAGAACCCCCUAUGGGCGGGGUUGAAAGGGUGGGGAAAAGGCUUGUAGUCUCAACAGAAAUCCACCUCUCUUACACUUCCUCCUACAAUGAUGCAAAAUGAUGAUUUUUACAUCAUUGUAGGAGGAAGUGUUAAGAGGUGAAUACGGAUUUCUCCUGUCUCAGGGGGAAUUGAGAAAGUGUUGCACGACCAUUCAAAAGUAUGACUGGGUGUCAAUAGGUAGCAAUAGAAAGCCUAAUGCAAAUGGGUGGAGUGUCCCUUUAAGGACAAUCAACUGGUUGAAUUGGACAGGUAAAACCAGGUGAUUUGGAAUAUAUGGCACUGGAUUCUAAACUCUUGAAUACAGGUUGUCCAUCUCUGCUCUUAUCAGACCAACCAACCAACGCCUUACCCAUGCUCAGCUCUACGACCCCUCCAAGUCCAGACACCCCCUCCUGUUAAGCAAUAACCCAUUAUCUAUGCACUGUACACUCCCAGCCCUGACACUCCAAGACAUGGUGAAAUAGGCACAGAAGAAGAUUUUUAAAAAAGAUUGUUUUGCCAGGUUUUCACGAUUUUUAUCUUUUUAUGCAUCUUUCAAGCUCACCGAUAUAAUAUUUUGUAUGUUUUUCAUGGACUCUACUUUUGAUUACUCUCUCUUAGUGGUUUCAUUAUUAGAAGGUCAGGAUUCAAUAUAGUGGUUUUGGUGGAGAUGUUCUCUGGUGUACUGGCUGCAUAGCUGCGGUUAUUAAGUGGUUUCAGUGCCAGGCACACCAAUGAUGCACCCCAAACCCUUAGGACAUAGCUAGAUAGACUUCAGUUCUGGUCUGGCAAGUCUAACAGUGGGAAUUAUGCAUGUUGAUGGCUGGGGUUGUAUGCACUCCUUUUCAUUUUGAAAAAGCAGGUACUUUUGCUUCUGGGUGAUACUUAACUGCUUAUUUUCAAACACAUUCCACAUUCACGCGUUGUCUUCUAGAAGCAGAGCAUGGCUUCCAGAAAGUGAUGAGGAGAGGGACAGAGAUGGGGAGCAGGAAAAGUAGAACACCAACCUAGGAGGCAUAUGGAACCCAUAUUCACUUAUGUUGAGGGUUUUGUCAGAGUUUAUUUUUCAAAGCUGCCCAUGUGGAUUUAAAAAAAAAAAAUUGCAGUUUUUGGGAUUACUGAUUUACCUUGUGUGAAUGACCAAAUCCACUUUGCGUUUUAUAGAUGAGUUGUUUAAUUCUGUCAAUUUUUUAGAAGCGCAGUCAAAAUCCUACCACCUAUUGGCCAAUUUCUUUUUUUCAAACUUUAUUAAAUAACUGUUUGAUGCGUUUUGAAGUGAUUUUUGUCAGGUAAAAAAAAAUGAAUUGCGUAAUAGCAGUGGUUGGCCAAGACGAAGCCAGUGGAUUUGUAAAUGAUGUCAUUUUUUCCAUGUUUUGAGUUUGUGUAUAUAUAUGAAUGUUUGUACGUACCAGUGUGAUUGUCAGACAAGUAGUACGUCUUUCGCCCGUUACACUCACUGUGCUUUCAUACUGUUGGAACACUAACAGGUCCCAAGUAGCGGACUCCUUAACUCUCUUAACUUAUUGUUGUGCCUUCACAUUCUUCGGUUCUCUCUCGUUUUGUUUGUUUUAGUUUUAUUUUGUAAUUUGAAUAAAGGGUGAAAAACGCAACGCA